GAUUAGACAAUACUGUCCCUUUGUCCAUGGGUAUAAAAAGAUUCCCCUUAAACUUCAACUUUCAUACUCUCUCUAUCUACUAUGGGCUGCAAACUGCUUGCCUACGCUGUACUAUGUUAUAGUGCCAUUGCUGUUCCUGCUUAGAGGUAUCUCCUUGUUUCCAGAGGUUUCAAACCCAUGGGUGCUACCAUUUGCACUAGUCAUCUUUGUCCACCGAGCAUACAGUCUGGGAGAAUUUGUUUGGUGUGGGGGCACAUUCCAAGGAUGGUGGAAUGAUCAAAGGAUGUGGCUAUUCAAAAGAACUAGUUCCUACUUCUUUGGCUUCUUUGACAGUAUCCUAAAACUACUAGGACAUACAAAGUCAGCCUUUGUCAUCACGGCAAAGGUGGUUGAAGAUGAUGUGUCGCAGAGAUAUGAGCAGGAGGUCAUGGAGUUUGGCACUUCUUCCCCAAUGUUUACCAUUUUAGCUACACUUGCGCUGCUAAAUGCAUUCUGUUUCAUUGGAAGAAUGAAGAGGUUGAUUAUGGAUAUGAAAACUUGGGUUUCAGACCCAUUUUCAUUGCAAAUUCUUCUAUGUGCUCUCUUGAUUCUAAUCAACCUGCCUGUUUACCAAGGUCUUUUCCUCAGGAAAGACAAUGGCAGGAUGCCAAGCUCAGUAACAACACAGGCAGUUAUGUUCGCACUAUUGGCUUGUGCAUUAGCCCUGUGUUAAGUUCUAUCCUGAUGCCAAGCAAAACUUUAGCCCAUUACCAGUUUUAAUAUAUUGUAUGACAUUUCAAGUGAAAGCAAUUUCAUAGAAAUUCCUAUUUUAUUUUGUAA